UAUGCCCUUGUACAAUGUUGCAUACACACACACACAUAUUUCAGGCUGUGGCCCCAUGGUUAGGCUAUGAGAACUUGUUACUCCUGAGAACAAAGACAAAUUGUCAGGCCUACAUGUGUCAGUAGCUCAAACUUUAAUUAAUGUAAAAUCCUUCUAGUUUAUAGUUAUUUUAGCACGCUAAGCCUAGCAAAACCCCACAAAACACGUUACAUGUUGCAUUUAUAUUUUGUUCAGUAAUAUCUUGCAUUUUUUAAAUUCUACCAACUGGACAAUUAUUGACUUGUAGCUAAAUGGUUGUCAUUUUUAUGCAAUUUGUACGAACACUGGCUUCUUAAUGUCCACUUCUUAGAGUGAAAUACAUUAUUUUUCAUCAGAUUUCACAGUCUGUGCCUAAAAUGAUAUUAAGCCUUUACUAACAGGAGAAUGCAUCAAACCACUUCCAAAGUAAGUCACUUACCACAUGAAUUCAAAAUUAUAAAAAUGACAGAAGUAUAUAGCAAAGAGCUUGAACGUGGAGCAGCUUAUUAGCAAUGACAAACGUUAAAUGUGGCAAACUUCAAAACUCUUCAGAAUCACUUGGAAUCCUCCAUUGGAACCAUACAGUCUGUGACAAAACCAUUUCUGACAUCCCAAGUAGGCCAGUAAACAUAUUGUAUGUUGAAAACAGAAUGGUGCAGGGUCACAACAGAGUACAAUGUUUGCAUUUGUACUGGCACCUAUCAAUGAUUUUAUAACAUUGUCAUGUUUUUCUCACUGCACAUGGUCAACUGUGUCAAUGUAAGGAACACAUGCAGCUGGCAGAGAAUACAUGAGGGUUUGCAUGCAUGCAGUCAAAACACUAAGGAGCCUAAAUGUGAUACUAUGUUUCUGACCAGACCUCAGUCUAGUCAUCCUCCGUCUAGACAUAAUGAGGCUCCAUGUGCAGCUGCAAAACAAAAUCAAGAAGAUACCCAUUGACCUUUAAAGUUUAAACCCUCAGGGCCUUAUUGAUCACUUUAUUCAUAUAGCUGACAUAUCAACACAUUUGCUGUAAUAACCAGGAAUUCCAGCACCAAUGCACAGUUGAAGCAUUUGCUACACAAUGUUGGCUUUAAAUGCAUAAGACUAUAGGUUAUUGUUCAUACAAAUUUGAAAACAAUGCAUUAAGGAGAAUAUGAAUGCGAAUUGACAAAAGGGACCACUGAAAUCCAAUUUUACCUGUUCUACCAAAACCCUAUUAAGCUACACAAUAUGGGCAUAAAWUGGUCCUACAGAUAUACAUUUAAAAUCUGCAUACAAGCUUCCUCGUUUGGUGUAGUGUUAAAAAUCUGUGUUCAAACACUGCAGAACUAUAAAGAGAGUGGCAACAUCAAACAUAAUGACCUUUAAUUCUCUCUGACAGACAGCUAGACGUCUACUCAUGUGUUGCGCUUGAAAAAGUUACUGUCAAAACAAUGACUGCACGUGGCAAUGUUUACCACCUGGCUGGGGCCAGUCCCUUGGGACAGACAACACACUUCGCAAGCAUAUCGCCCCUCCGACUAGACAGACAAGCUACAUUCCUAAAAUGUUUGGCCCGGGCCACUGGGCUACUAUAAAUUGCUGGAAUGCGUCCAGGCCACAAACAUUAUUGAUGCAGAGUUCCAGACGCGUGUACAUGAUUUCCGAGUUCCAGACGCCUGUACAUGAUUUCCGGGAAGAUUACAACAAUGCAAAGAAAUCUAAUGGCUGAGAGCAGCCUCGCCCCGACCCAUUAUUUCGACAUGUGGCAUGACUAUAUGAACCUAGGGAGGAUGCUGGAGAAACUUUGUGACGUCGCAGAUCGGACAGCGACCACCUGUACCCAGCUAAAAGAGCACGUGCCGGACGCAGAGGAUCACCAGACCGGUCGCCAGGAGCAACACUGGUUUCGUCUGAAUUCGAUCGGGACUGAGAGCCUGAGUUCUGCAAGCAGCAUUUCAGGAAACACGAGCCACAGCCUGGCUUCCGGUGAUUACUGCGGCUUCUGCAAGCAAAAUGGAGAAACGGCAGAGAUCUACCGGAGCCACAAACUGAAAUCCAAAGACAGCAAARUCAUCUGCCCCAUUCUGAGGAGCUACAUUUGUCCUAUGUGUGGCGGCACCGGAGACAAAGCGCACACGCGCCGGUACUGCCCACAGCGCAACGGCGUAGUGCCGAAAUACUGGGGGACUGUAGAGUAGAAAACAGGAGGAAAAUCCAUCUGUAAAUAUUUAUGGAGAAAAUAUAUCCAACGUUAUUGUUCAGUUAGAUAGACCUAUUGUUACCAUAUAUAUUUUUUUUUACAAAGUGGCUAAUGCGCCUUUGAUGUUCUACGAAAAAAAUAAACCUAUUUUCGUACAUAACUGAAAUCGUUUUUGUUCACGUUCUCCUCAAUUCUGGUAUAUAACUCGUUAUAAAACUAACUCAUUUCAUACUGAACCUUUAUUUAACUAGGCAAGCCAGUUAAGAACAAAUUCUU